AUUGUGUUCCUCUUUCAUUUGUAUUUUAUAGCCAUUUGGUUUAAGAUUGUAGUGUUUUAGCUGAAUUAGCGUUAUUCAGUUUCAAAUUCUACCCUAAGACCAACAGCACAAUGGCAGAGCCUGAUGUAGUGGACCUCGACCUGACUAUUGACGAUUUAGUCCCAAAAAGUGCUGAAAGGCUUGCAGAGGAGAAAAAAGAAAGCGGGAACCAGCUUUACAAAUUUAAAAAUUACAAAGGUGCAUUGGUUUUAUAUGAUGACGCUAUAAAAUUGGCACCAGAGAAUGCUGCAUACUAUGGAAACCGCUCUGCCUGCUAUAUGAUGUUAGGCAUGUACAAAAAAGCAUUAGACGAUGCUUUGAAAGCAGUUGCUCUGGAUCCUACAUUCACAAAAGGCUAUAUAAGAAUGGCCAAAUGUUAUUUAGCUUUAGGUGACUUGUCUGGUGUGGAGCAAGCAGUGAAACAUGCUAGUGAGCUAGGUGGAGCAGAUUGUGCAGCAAAUGAGAAACGUGCUCUUGAAUCAUUAAAAAAGUUACAUGAGGAUGCACAAAAAGCCCUGGAAACUGCUGACUACAGAAGAGUUGUGUUCUGCAUGGACCGUUGCCUUGAAUACAGCCCAUCAAGUACAAAAGAUAAAUUGAUUAAAGCUGAAAGCUUGGCUAUGCUUGGGAGAUGUCAAGAAGCUCAAGAGAUUGCAAAUGAUAUUUUAAGAUUUGACAGUAUGGAAACAGAAGCUAUAUUUGUUAGGGGCUUAUGUCUGUAUUUCGAGGACAAAGAUGAACAAGCAUUCAAACAUUUCCAACAAGUUCUAAGGCUUGCACCUGAUCACAAGAAGGCCAUGGAAACAUAUAAGAGGGCAAAGCUACUAAAGCAGAAAAAGGAGGAAGGAAAUGAGGCUUUCAAAAUGGGUCAGUGGCAGCAAGCUUUGAAAUUGUAUAAUGAGGCUCUGAGUAUUGACAACAACAACAAAAAGGUAAAUGCGAAACUAUACUACAACAAAGCCACAGUGUGUUCCAAAUUGAAUCAAACGAAGGAAGCAGCCGAUGCCUGUACAGCUGCCCUGGAACUUGACGAAAACUACAUCAAAGCGCUUCUACGACGUGCCAAAUGCUACACAGAACUAGGAGAGUAUGAAGAAGCUGUAAAGGACUACGAAAAAUUGAACAAAAUCGACAAGAGCAAAGAACACAAACAUUUGCUUCAUGAGGCUAAGAUAGCUCUCAAAAAAUCGAAACGCAAAGAUUACUACAAAAUUCUUGGAGUAGACAAGACAGCCUCUGAAGAUGAUAUCAAGAAAGCAUACAGAAAACGCGCUUUAGUCCAUCACCCGGAUCGUCACGCGGGAGCCCCGGAGCUCGAGCGGCGGGAGCAGGAGCGCCGGUUCAAGGAGGUGGGCGAGGCGUACGGCGUGCUCAGCGAUCCCAAGAAACGCGCACGAUACGACCACGGACACGACUUCGACGACGACGGAGCGGGCAUGAGCGAUAUCGAUCCGAGCAUGUUUGGCCACUUCAAUCUCCGGCAGACGUUCGACUUCGGCGGCGACAUAUUCGGCGCGGGCGGCCGCUGCGGCCCCGACGUCUCGUCCUUCAGUUUCCGCUUCGGCUAAAUAUCCCCAAACC